CCCGUGUUCACCCCCCGUGUUCAUCCCCCGUGUUCAUCCCCCGUGUUCACCCCCCGUGUUCACCCCCCGUGUUCACCCCCCGUGUUCACCCCCCGUGUUCACCCCCCGUGUUCACCCCCCGUGUUCACCCCCCGUGUUCAUCCCCCGUGUUCACCCCCCGUGUUCACCCCCCGUGUUCACCCCCCGUGUUCACCCCCCGUGUUCACCCCCCGUGUUCACCCCCCGUGUUCACCCCCCGUGUUCACACCCCGUGUUCAUCCAUGA